AUGGCCCGCCGUACAACCAAGGGGCGUCCUAAAAAGUUCAAGGCCAAGAAAGAGAAGCCAUUGCCGACUCAAAAGAAAAAGGCAGGCCGGAAGCGCCGUGACGAGACAUCAGAAGCUCUCACACAACCCGACGCUACUAAAGAAGCCGUUGCGCCCCAGGAAGUCGCUGUCUCUCAAGAGAUUGUUGUUACUCAAGAAGCUGUUGCGCCCCAAGAAGCUGUUGUGACACCGACACAAGAAACAACUGCCAAAGAACCAGAAAUCCCCUCACAAGAGCCUCAAGAACAUGUUGAAGCUGCUCAAAAAGAAAACGACGGCACGGAACAGCAAGAUGGAGCACCUGAGCCAGGAAAGGCCAAUCAUCUUAUGGUGACACUCAAAGUGUCUUCAGAUGCCCUCAAAGAACCCAUAGAAACACCACAGGCAGCUCUGGCAACCCCUGUGCGGCCGACACGAACUAGGCCAACAAGGUCUUCAGUUAAAAAACCAGAAACGGGAGGCACAGAAACCACUGCCGAAAAUGAGGAGUCGCAAACGCAAGAAAGCAUCAGUAGUGAGUCGAAAGAGGAGUGCUCUAAUGAGCAACUAGUGAAUGGGAGGAAACGCGGCCGUCCAAAGAAAGGCGAAGUUAGAAAAAAGAGACACGAAGAGCAGCCCGAAGGAAACCCCACUCCUUCGAAAUCUUGGGACAGCGUGCAAUCCAUCGUUUGA